CCCAGAGCCAAAGCAGAAGAAAACAUCUGGAUUUUGUUUUCCCAGAAGAAGAGGGGGAAGGAAUAAGAGAGAGGGGAAGAGAGAGAGAGAGAUGGGUGUAUUGAGCACACCCAGAACCCCCCUACUUUUGUGUCUUGGAAGUGGGAGAGGGAAGGCUGAGGAGGAUCUAAGAUGCUGAUUUGGAACACCAAGGGUUCCUGCAGAAGUUCCACGUUUGGAAUCCCAGCUGCCCUGGACUGGGGGAUUUCUUCUUAUCUGUUGGAUUAGGUGUUCGGGAUCAAACAAACCUGUUGAUCAAAGUAAAGUGUGGGAUUUACAGGUGCUGCUGAGGAGUUGGGGGCAAAGCCCACCUCCUCCCUGUGCUCAGGCUCUUCAACUGCUGGAGGAGAACAAGGAAGAGCAAUCCAGACGCGUGCUUGUGGGUGGUGAGCGCUGGUCACCCACGGGUACCGGUGAGGAAGCUGCAUCGAAAAGGAGAGAUUUUCACAGUAGGCAGGCAGACAGCUGGCAGGUAAAAUGAGCAGCGGCGAUCCCUAAUGGUAUUCAGAUACGGUAGCCGAGAAGAACUAAGAGAGCCAUAGUCCGCUGCUCACCAAAACAGCAAAAAUGAAUAGCAUCUACCAGGACUACCUGAACAAGAACAAGACUAUAGAUCAUUACAAGUAUACCAAGGAGGAUAUCCGCAAGGAGAACCCUUCCCGACAAGUUAUCUCCAUCAUCUUCAUUAUCAUCUGUUGCAUUAUUAUCUUGGAGAACUUGCUUGUUCUAACUUCAGUGUGGCGCAACAAGAAAUUCCACUCGGCCAUGUUCUUCUUCAUUGGAAAUUUGGCCUUCUCAGACUUUCUCACCGGCUGUGCCUAUAUUGCCAACAUUUUGCUUUCUGGUUCAGUCACCUUGGAGCUUACUCCUGUGGAGUGGUUUAUUCGUGAAGGGUCCGCUUUCACCACACUCGCUGCUUCCGUCUUCAGCUUACUAGCCAUUGCCAUUGAACGCUACGUGGCCAUCAUCAAAGUCAAGGUCUACAGCAGAGACAGGAACUGUAGAAUGAUCUUCCUAAUUGGGGCUUGUUGGGUAAUCUCAAUGGUUAUUGGUGGUUUGCCCAUUUUAGGCUGGAACUGCAUCAACAAGUUCAGUGAGUGCUCUACGGUCUUUCCUCUUUAUUCCAAAAAGUACAUUCUUUUUAUAGUUACUAUUUUUACUGCCAUACUCUUCGCCAUUGUCAUUUUGUAUGUUAGGAUAUAUUUUAUUGUGAAGUCCAGCCAUGCUGAGAUAGCAGCCCCUCAAACACUUGCACUCCUAAAAACUGUGACCAUAGUUCUGGGGGUGUUCAUAAUUUGCUGGCUGCCAGCUUUCAUCAUCCUUCUACUGGAUGUCUCCUGUAAAGUGAAAUCAUGCAAAAUACUCUACAAAGCGGAUUACUUUUUUGGGGUGGCCACCUUGAAUUCGGCUUUGAACCCACUCAUUUACACUCUGAGGAGCAGAGACAUGAGGAAAGAAUUUCUGAGGGUGUUGUGUUGCUGGAGUUACCUUCAAAAGAGUAGGACUCCUGACCGAUGCAUGCUACAACUACGCAGUUCCAGCUCCCUGGAACGUUACACGCAAAAACAUGACCUUCCCACAUCCCCCAUAAUUAAAAAUAACUGUACAACAUUUGUGUGAUGAGAUCAGGGACGUAGUUUAAGGGGUCCCAAGGCAGUAACUAAAAUUUGGUGCAUUCAAAAUGGCACAGCAAGAGAGAAGUAUGGGUUAAGGAACCCAGCGAUCAGCUGGUGGUAAAAGUUGAUUUAC